AUGGGGGUCCCCAAGUUCUACCGGUGGAUCUCGGAGCGGUACCCCUGCCUCAGCCAGGUGCUGAAGGAGCAUCAGAUUCCAGAAUUUGACAACUUAUACCUGGACAUGAAUGGCAUUAUACAUCAGUGUUCACAUCCAAAUGAUGAUGAUGUUCACUUCAGAAUCUCAGAAGAUAAGAUUUUUGCUGAUAUUUUUCACUAUUUGGAAGUACUAUUUCGCAUUAUUAAACCAAGGAAGGUUUUCUUCAUGGCAGUUGAUGGAGUAGCUCCAAGAGCAAAAAUGAAUCAGCAGCGUGGGAGACGUUUUAGAUCAGCAAAAGAGGCAGAGGACAAAAUAAAAAAGGCAUUAGAAAAGGGAGAAACUCUCCCUACAGAAGCCAGAUUUGACUCCAACUGUAUUACACCAGGAACUGAAUUCAUGGCCAGAUUGCAUGAGCAUCUUAAAUAUUUUGUAAAUAUGAAGAUUUCCACAGACAAAUCCUGGCAAGGAGUAACAGUCUACUUAUCAGGCCAUGAGACUCCAGGGGAAGGUGAGCAUAAAAUUAUGGAGUUCAUCAGAUCAGAAAAAGCAAAACCCCAUCAUGAUCCAAACACAAGACACUGUCUCUAUGGCUUAGAUGCUGACUUGAUUAUGCUGGGAUUAACAAGUCAUGAGGCACACUUUGCGCUCUUAAGAGAAGAAGUCAGAUUUGGUGGUAAAAAAUCUCAAAGAGCAUGUGCACCAGAGGAAACCACAUUUCAUUUACUGCACUUAUCACUGAUGAGAGAAUAUAUUGAUUAUGAAUUUUCACCAGUGAAAGACAAGAUUUCCUUUGAAUAUGAUAUUGAAAGGAUAAUAGAUGAUUGGAUCUUAAUGGGUUUCCUUGUAGGAAAUGAUUUCAUUCCUCAUCUACCUCAUUUACACAUUAAUCAUGAUGCACUGCCGCUACUUUAUAGAACAUACAUGGCUAUCUUGCCGGAACUGGGAGGUUACAUAAAUGAAAACGGGCAUCUGAAUUUAAAACGCUUCGAGAAAUAUCUCACAAGAUUGUCAGAUUUUGAUCGCGAACACUUCAGUGAAGUCUUUGUAGACCUAAAAUGGUUUGAAAGUAAAGUAGGCAAUAAAUACCUCAACGAGGCAGCUGGUAUUGCAGCAGAGGAAGCCAGAAAAAAUAAACAAAAGAAACAAAAGGUUAGUGCUCAGGAAAAUUCUAUAUGUUUGGCUGCUUUAGAAAAAAACGAAGGUGAAGUUGUGACCCCUAAAACUGUGUUGGAAGAUGAACCAGAAGAUGAUGAUCUGUUUGAAACUGAGUUUAGGCAAUACAAAAGAACUUACUACAUGACUAAAAUGGGUGUAGAAGUAGUUUCUGAUGACUUCUUGGCUGAUCAAGCUGAAUGUUAUGUCCAGGCAAUACAAUGGAUUUUGCAUUAUUAUUAUCAUGGAGUUCAGUCAUGGAGCUGGUAUUAUCCUUAUCAUUAUGCACCUUAUCUGUCAGAUAUUCGCAACAUCAGCGAACUCAAAAUCAAAUUUGAACUGGGAAAACCUUUCAUGCCAUUUGAACAGCUUCUUGCUGUACUUCCAGCAGCCAGCAAGGAUCUGCUACCCAAAUGCUACCAGCAUUUGAUGAUCAGUCAAGACUCUCCUAUUAUAGAAUAUUAUCCACCAGAUUUUAAAACUGACCUAAAUGGAAAACAGCAAGAAUGGGAAGCUGUAGUAUUAAUCCCGUUUAUUGAUGAGAAACGACUGCUGCAGGCCAUGGAAUCCUGUAAUAAGUGCCUAAAAGAAGAGGAGAAACAAAGAAAUACUCACAGUGCUUGCUUAAUGUACUGGUACGACAAAGAUGCAGAGUUCCAGUACAUGUCACCGUGGCCAGAGAAAUUCCCUGCGGUAGAGAGAUGUCAUACGAGGUAUAAAACAAUACCUUUGGAUGCUUGGCACGUAGAAAUAACCCACAAUAAGAUAACUAAAAUCAACAAAAGAGCAUUAUAUUUUUGUGGAUUUCCUACUUUAAAGCACAUUAAACAUAAGUUCUAUCUUAGAAAAAGUGGCGUACAGGUGUUUCAGCAAAGCAGCCAUGGAGAGAACAUGAUAUUAGAAAUCGUAGCUGAUGAGAACUCAAAAGAACAGAUGGUAGAAAAUGUUGCCAGUUUGGUACUUGGAAAGCGUGUUUUUGUUAACUGGCCACACCUUGAAGAAGCCAGAGUUGUUGCUGUAUCAGACGGAGAAACUAAGUUUUAUUUGGAAGAACCACAUGGCACACAGAAGCUUUACAUGGGAAAUGCAGUGCCCCCAACUAAAGUGGCAUAUGUUGGAGAUAAGGAACAAAGCAUUUGGUUAAAAGAAGUUCAAGGCAUUUCAGAGCACUACCAGAGAAGAAAAGGAAUAAUUAUUCAUGAAACAUCAAUAGUUGUAUAUGCUCAGUUACUCACUGGUAAUAGAUAUCAACUAAACCAAAAUGGAGAAGUUUAUUUGGAGAAGCAGUGGUCAAAACAAGUUCUUCCUUUUGUUUACCAAACUAUUGUCAAGGACAUCAAAGCCUUUGACUCCCGUUUUUCAAACAUCAAAACUUUGGAUGACUUGUUUCCUCCUGGAAGUACAGCCUUUAUGCUGGGAUCUCCUUACUAUGGCUGCAUGGGAGAAGUUCAAGAUUCACGUGAUGUGAUCACAGAAGGUAGAAUUCGUGUAGUUUUCAAUAUUCCGUGUGAACCCCAGCUUGAGCCUUUAAUACAGAACCAGCACAAAUAUUCUGUGAAAUACAAUCCUGCAUAUAUUUUGGCCAGCCGUCUUGGAGUAAGUGGAUAUCUUGUCUCCAGAUUUACAGGGAGUAUCUUUAUUGGAAGAGGAUCAAAGAAAAAUCCUCAUGGAGAUCACAAAGCAAAUGUGGGGCUAAACCUGAAGUUCAAUAAGAAAAAUGAAGAAGUUCCUGGCUAUACUAAGAAAGUUGGAAAUGAAUGGAUGUAUUCUUCUGCAGUAGAACAACUACUUGCUGAGUAUUUAGAAAGGGUCCCUGAACUAUUUAAUUAUAUAGCCAAGAAUAGCCAGGAAGAUAUCUUCUAUGAAGAUGACAUUUGGCCUGGAGAGGAUGAGAAUGGAGCUGAGAAAGUUCAAGAAAUUGUUGCCUGGUUAAAGGCACAUCCUGUGUCUGCUUUGUCUCGCUCAUCUUGUGACUUGCAAAUUUUGGAUGCAGCCAUUGUUGAGAAGAUUGAAGAAGAAGCAGAGAAAUGCAAGCAGAGAAAGAGCAACAAGAAGGUGCGAGUAACUGUGAAACCACAUUUGCUGUACAGACCAUUAGAACAACAGAAUGGGGUUGUUCCAGAUCGAGAUGCAGAGUAUAGGCUGUUUGACCGUGUUGUCAAUGUGAGAGAAAACUUUUCUGUUCCAGUUGGUCUUCGAGGUACCAUUAUAGGAAUUAAAGGAGCCAGUAGAGAAACAGAUGUGCUCUUCGAAGUUUUGUUUGAUGAAGAAUUCCUUGGAGGCCUAACUAUAAGGUGCUCACCUGCCAGAGGUUAUCGUCUGCCAUCAAGUGCCUUAAUCAACCUGUCUCAUGGUAGUCGGUCAGAAAUGGGAAAUCAAAAACUGACGGCCAUAGUUAAACCUCAGCCAGCUGUGAAUAACCACAGUUCGCAUGCCUCUGAUCUGUCAUCUCUAUGCUCACAAAAAGUGCAUCUGGGAGGCCUCAACCAUUCUCCUCGCUCUCUUUUUGUUCCUACUCAGGCACAGAGUAAGCAAGAUGAUGAAUUCUGCAGCAUAUGGCAAUCAUUGCAGAGUUCUGGGAAGUCUCACCACAUUCAGCAAAGCAUGCAUGAGAAGGGUGCAGUUCUACCUCAGGAAGUCAAGCUGGGAACUGGCAAUCAGUUCUAUAAACCAGGAUUCAAUGAUAGCAGCUUUAAAGGUCAGCAAAGAAAACAGGAGCCGUAUAAAAAAUUUAAAGAAGAUUCCAAAGUUACAAGAGGUGAAAGUCAGCCACAUAAUAAAAUAUCAAACAAACAGAAGGACAAUGAACUUGAAAGUCUUCUAGCUUCUUUGAAAAUUUCCAAAGAAAAUGAAGUGCAGACUUAUUCCAAGGAAGCAAGAGCUACAAAUGAAGAACAUCUGUCACCACAAUCAUUUGCUAUGAAAGGAACGCAGAUGCUCAAAGAGAUUUUGAAGAUAGAUGGCUCUGACCUGGAAACAAGGAAUGAAGUGAAAUCCCAAGUUAAUGAUCUUCCUACUCCCCCUAGUAGACAGGAUUGCCAUGGAGCUGCCUUGCAAUAUAGACAAACAAAAAAAAUGGCUGCUUAUACAAACAAGCCUCAUAGCACUGGAGGCCCUCAGAACACACCAGCACUGGAAAUUGGAGGUCACCCUUUCGCUUGUCCACAGCCUGCACUGUCUACUGUCUCUGAACUUUCUCGUGUUUGUUCUCUUGUUGGAAUGUCACAACCAGAUUUCGCUUUCCUAAAAACACCACAGACCAUGACAGUUUGUCACAUAAAAUUAUCAAAUGGUUUGUUGGUUCAUGGACCGCAGUGUCAUUCUGAAGCUGAAGCAAAGGAGAAAGCUGCACUUUUUGCUUUACAGCGUUUGAGUUCUAUAGGAAUAAAUUUCCCUUUGCCUCCACCUCCGCCUCCACCAGUGUUUCCAAAUUAUCAACCACUGGGAGUUCCUGUACCACCUGGAUCUAUUCCUCCAGUAUUUGCACAACCCCCUGCUAACAUAAUGCCUCCAUCAUCUCACAUGUUUGGUCCAGUAUCCUGGGGAACUCCAGUGCCUAAACAUUAUUAUGCUGGCUCCUAUCCAGGAAAUGUGUCUCUUGCAGGAACUAUACCAGUUGGUUCUCACAACCAGUUUAUACCUCUGCAGGUAACUAAAAAAAGGGCUGCUAGCAAGAAAAACUUUGAGCUCAAGGAGUUUCAGAGUUCCCCUCAAGCUGCACCACUAAAGAAUGAACAGCCAGUGUCUUCUGACCACAUUCAGCAAGAUAGUUCUUCAGCUCCUUUAAAAUCUCCUCAAGCUGCUCAAUCCACUGUUUCAUUUCAAGACAAUGUGGCUACUCCAAGCGUUCCUCAUAACAAAUCAACACCAAACACUUCCAGCAAGCGAAAGCCAAGAAAGCUGGCUGUCAAUUUUGGCGCACCAAAAUCUUCAGAAUAAAUAUGGUAGCUAGGUGUAUUUUAUCUUUUAACUCUUCCCCCACUGUUAUGUUCUAUCAUUUAAAAAAAUCAGAAAGCUCUAUUAAAAAGACCAGCCACUUUAAGUAUAAUAUAGAAUGAAAUACAUUUUAUUUGCUAUGAUUUUCAGGUUGUUACAAAAACUAUAAAAAGUAUGUGAACACUUAAUUAUUUUGACUUAAAUUAGCAAAAGCCAGGAAAUGCUGAGUUAAGGUUACCAUGCCAUCCAUUGUGCCUAGGUUUCUAAACAGUGGCUUACAGACUAUACUGGGUAAGCAGCAAUAACAAUGGCAACCUUAAUUCAGAAUUGCCGUGCUUCUUGGGAGGGAUGUGGAGCGGUAAUAAGUUGGGCAUCAAACAUUGCUUAGUAUGACAUUUUGUAUUCUAGCUUAUUUUUAAAUAGUGUAAUAAGACAGAAAUGAAAAAAUGAUCUAAAUGCAGCUUUUACAUUGCCUUUCCAGGUCCUUCUGAGUUGAAUCAGUGUUACUAAAACCUUACUACAGUGGAACUGCCAAAUUCGCUUUAACUAUGAACUGCUAGGUUUUAUACCAGAGAGCAACAACUUUACAACUUGCAAAAUGUAGGUAUUAGUGUAUCUCUAGUAUUAGAGUGGCAAAAAGUGGUUGCUGAUGCAGAAUUUGUUCCAGAAGAUUAAUUUAUAGGAGGAAUAAAAAAAUACAUUUGCCAAGUAGAGACCUCAUUGGUAAAGUACAUUUAAUUUUUUUAAUCUAGCAGCAUUAUCAAUUUCAUUGUUUUCUGAUGAUAAAAUAACAUAGAUAUCUACUACAGAUCUGCAUAGCCUCCUAAAAAGCUAGUGAUACCCCCAUUUUUUUCUAAAUUAUAAAAAUGGCCAGAGUUUAAAGAUGUCCACUUGUGUAUUAUCAAAGUUAUGUUUACUUAGAGUCCAUUUCUCCCUCUAAUAGUCUGUGCCCUGAAACCUUCUCUACGGUAGUUUAUUUUUUUGUUGCUAGUGACUUAAUAUUUAUUUUUUAGUUUUGUGAUAGAAGUUCUGUGUAGCAAAAUGAAAUUAUCAGAAACUGUUACUAUUGGUUCCAUAAGAAUAGUCAGACAAAAAGUUGACUUGUAUUUUUGGAGGGAGCUAUCUUGUAAAAGAAGUAACUCCAUUGGUUUUAAUUCAUACAGGAAAAAAAGAAGGCUCAAAAGUCCCUGUACUAUUCUUAACCCACAUGUACUGUUCUUAAUGACCUUAAUAAGAAAUCUUCAGUCUAAGAGCAAAUUUGAAGCCUCAGCUGGUGCUGUUUACUGAUGUUGAUUAAAUUAAUUUUUCUUCUUUAUUCCAACGUGUUCUAGAAAAAAUACUUUUCCUCAAAGGCCCAGGAAGCUUAGAAAUAAAGCAUACUUUAGUGAUUUAUUUCAUUGCCUCCAAACAGGUUUCAUGUUGGAUCUGCAAGUCUGUAGACUUUCUUUCAGUUCCCCUACCUUGUUCUUUGCUUCCAUUUCUUGGUGUAGUACCAAGUUUCACAUUGUUACCAUGCUAUAGGAUUUUUUUAUAUUGAUUUCUCUGAAACAGUUGUUGCCUCAGUGAUAUUUCUAGAAUAACAGCAAGCCCUAUAAAAAGGAUCACAGAGGUAAAAACAAGGUUAAGAAAUUUUAUUUAAUUUUACUUAAUAUCACAAACCUUGUAGAAUAGUCUAUAUACAGUACUAAAAUACAUUGAUUUUUGUUGUUCUCUUUAUAGCCGUCUAGUCUCAAGAGGGUUUGAAGCUGUAUUCUGUGAAGGGAAAGUUGUACGUUUUGGUGAUAUACUGUCAUUAGCAGCACAAGACUAACGCAAUGCUGACACGCCAAUAUUUUAGAAGUGUUUAUGUGAAAUUUAGUUAGGAGACACAGAUGUUAGUCCCCCAUAUCCUAUAUGAAUUAUCUGAUCAUCAGAGAAAAGGUCUUUAGAAAUUCCUGUGAUAGAGAUGAGACUAUGUUAGAUUCUUGCAUCACAGAAUUUUGACAUAUCUGGAUAGCCAAUUUAUGCAGAUUUUUUAGAAACAAAGUUAUGAAGGACACUAUACUCUUAACACCGGUAAACACAGCAAUUUUUGUUAUUAAUUAAUUACUUCAGACUAAGACUGCCUCUCCUUCAAGUAGAAUUGCUAUAUUUAGUAUAUAUAGUUAGUUAAACACUUAAUUCUGUAACUGCUGCAUAUUGUAUUAGUCCCUGGGGUUUAGUUUAUAUAUUCUAUAAUGCUGACUGCCUGGUGCCCAGUUAAUUACAGUUUUACAUGUCCUGGUAGAUGUAACAUCUGCAUUGACCUAUGCCAUGUCCCCUACAAUUUCAGUUUUAUAUUUUAACAAGGUGAUUAUGUUUAAUUCAUACAGAUAUAAAUUUAAGCAUUUGUUUUUCUCAUAGAUAUAAAGUAUUUUGUAAGCACUGGAGUUUUUCAUUAGAUCUUAUACAGAGCAGUAUUUUACUAAAAAUCCAAAAGGGAAGACUUUUAUGUGCGCAUUUUUGUAGUUUCUGAUUUUUUUAAAAUAACUUUUCAUUGUUUAUCUGCCAAGUGAAAUGUUUUAAAUUUGCAUAUGAAUGGAUACAGAAUGUAUUUUUCGUGCUGUUUAGUGUUAAGUGUGCAUUUGCAGAUUUUUAGCAUGUAGUUGCACAAAGGACUGUGCAAAGAUAUUUUAAAAUAUGAAUAUAUGAUACAUUGAAGGAAAAACAUUCAUAAAAGUUAAAUGCUAUAUAAAACUUUAAUGCAAUAGAAUAAUUUUAUAAAUUGUGUCUG